AUGAAACUAAUGGAAAUUGUGCAAUUGGUUGAGACAUUCUAAAAGGAGUAAAACUAUCCUGAAAUCGUAUACCUUUUAUCUAAAAGGUAAAUUUUUGUUUAUAAUUAAUUAGCUGGAUCUAGACUUUUAUAAAUUCGGUCAAAUUCGAUAACAAAUAAAAUAUGCAAAUAAAGCCUAUAAAUCACGAUAUUGUAGAUGAAACAAAAUCUAAUGUUCUUUAGUAAGAUAUCAAAAAAUAUUAGAUAUUAAGAUGAUAUAUACAAUUCUUUUUUAAAAGAUAAUUUACGAAUAAAUGUUGAUUACAUUUACAUCAGCGAAUAAAUAUGGAAACAUCUAAACGUAAUCUUAUAAAUAAUUUGAAAGACACUUUAUGACGGGUACUGUAUAAAAAGAUAAUUAAGAAAUUCAAAUUAAAUCAAUGAAUUCAUUAUUUUUCACUUUAUCCCGGUCUACCAAACCUAAUCACACUUUAUUGAAGGAAUCCAACAAUUUGAUUCCUCUUGGAAUAUAUCUUAAAUUAUAUCACAUCUAGAAAAUGCAUUAUAAAAUUAGUUAUCAGUUCAAACGCCAAAAAGAAAUUUCAUAUCUUUGUAUACUCUCAAAAAUGAGAAUUAAACUAGUUUCAUUUAAAUAAUAUAAGAAGUUAAAGAAAAAAGGAUAGAAGUAGAAAAAAUAGAAGAACUAGCAUAAAUGAGUCAUAAAAAAUACAUAAUAUUGGAUAUUAAAUUAUUGAAUAAAGGUUUCUUUUUUGAAAAGAAUUAACAGAUAAAUCAAGAUAAUAGCGAAAUUUUAUUAAAUUAAGAAUAUAUUGAAAAUUGUAGAAGGGGUUUAUCUUUAUUUGAGAAUUAAUAAACUUUAUUAAGUUGCAUGCUUAAAUGUUAUGAAAACAUAGAUAUAAUUAGAAGUGAAAUACUUUGUAAUUUCACAUAGAAAUACAAAAAUUUAAAGUAGAUUAUUCAAGAAUCAUAUUAUGGAUUUACUGAUUAUGUCUAUUAUGAUUUGAUGGAUUACGAGUUUUUAGAAGAAAAACUAGUGGUGAUCACUAAAUCCAGAUAUGAUGCAGUAUAUAUUUACAACAAGGAGAACAGAAUCAUUAUAAAUAAUUAGAGAAAUAUUAAAUAGUUGGUGGAAUCUCUUUUGAUCCAUCCUUAAUUAUAAUGUGAUUUUAAUUCAGUUUUGUUUGAGUGCAGCAAUGAAUAUUAUACUGAAGAAAUCGAUUUUGCAAAGCCUGCUUACAAUCUGAAGGAGGGAUAUAAGUAUUAAUUGAGGAAGUUAAUGUGGUAAGAACGCAAUAUUAAUAAUGAGGAUCGAAUAGAAAUUAGAGUUCAUCAAUGCACAUAUGAGAAUAUUGGUUAUCAAUCAUACAAGCCUUUUGCUCCCAUUUUAAAAUGCUAUAUAAGUUAGUAGGCUAAAUUCUAAGAUUUGCAUAUAUUAAUAGCAAACUUAUUUGAAGAAGUAAAUUUUGAGAACUAUAAAGAAUCACGAUUGAAUAAGAAAUAUAGUUUAUUUUUCUAAACGGAUUAAUAAGGCUCUAUAAAAUGUACAUUUUGUUAGUAGAAAUUGUGCAAUAAUUGUUAAGUGCCAUUUAAUGAUAAAGCCUUGAAAUUUGGGAGAAGAGUGAUUAACAUAUUUGUCGUAUAUGAAGAUAUGCCAUCUGUUACUUCUGCUUACUAGCCAGAAAUAAUUGAUAAUUAUUUCCUUAGGGAAUAUUUUGAAGUGGAUUGGGCUUAGGAUAAAAUUCUAAUUUUGAACAUAAAUUAAGAAUAAAUAAAACCUUAUAAUAUUAAAUAUUAUUUUGAUUCACGUAUUACUUAUUUAAUAUUUCAGAUCUUUAUUAGUUAUAAGGAAUUAUUGAAAAGGUAUCAUAAAAUGAAUAUUAAUGUUAUUGUCUGAAAUAGUAAUAAUGGUAUAAAUAUACACAAAAUAAAUUCUAGAUGGUUGAUCAUCUGGACGAUGAUUUGAAUGUUGUUAAACUGUUCUAUAUAAGGAAAUGA